GCCCAGAUGAACAAGCUGUCAGUCGCGUCCAAGAAGAACGUCGCGGCGUUCUGCUUCGGCUUCGCCCUGCUCAUGGGCACGGGGUCGACGCUGUCAAGCAAGAUUUUGUACGGUCUCGAGAGCGAAGGACGGGACGGGACCAUGAAGCAUUUUCAGAAACCGUUGAUGCAAACGUUCAUGAUGUUUCUGGCUAUGGGCAUUGCCAUCCCUGUGCAAUUCUUGUACGUGCGGCUAUCGGGCCAACACGACAUGAUGCCCAAGUUUGACAGAGACAGCAUCAUGGUCCUUGCAUUUCCCGCGUGCGCCGACUUGGGAGCAACUGCUUUGAUGAGCGUUGGACUCCUUUUUGUCCCAGUCAGUACUUUCCAGCUCGUGCGGUGCACCAUCAUUGUGUUUGUCGCGGCGCUGAAAAUGCUGUUUUUGAAAUUCCGACCGACGGGUUACAUGAAGUGCGGCAUUGCGCUCAAUGCGACGGCUAUCCUUAUGGUGAGUGCUUCGUGCUUUGGCGAAGAACACGAGUCUGCGUCAGCACUGAUCGGUGUGAGUGUCCUGCUCCUCGGAUGCCUUGUCACGAGCAGUCAAUACGUGCUGGAAGAGACUGUCAUGCGCAAGAAAGAUGGAACGCCCCCCAUGAUGGUCAUCGGCCUCGAAGGGCUGUGGGGCACGUUUCUCAUGCUUGCCGUGGUGUUUCCCAUCGCGUACUUCAUUCCUGGAGGUGACAACGGGAGCGCGGAAGACUUUUUCGACUCGUGCCUGAUGAUUUACAACAGUGCGACGGUGCGCAACAUGUGCAUCUUCUACAUCCUGUGCGUGACAUCGUUCAACAUUGCGUCCAUCUUCGUCACGUUUCUCCUCGACUCGGUGUGGCGCUCCAUCCUGGCCAACUUCCGACCCGUGUCUGUCUGGUCGAUGGACCUUGCGCUCUUCUACGUGUUCACGAGCGGAGCUCUUGGCGAAGAAUGGUCGGACUGGAGUUGGUUGCAGUUGACCGGCAUGCUCCUUCUCUUCUUUGGCACAGCCGUGUACAACGGAACAGUGCAGCUCCGAUGGUUCCGCUACGACGACGACAAAGCGUCGACGAAAGCGACAGAUUCCACUCCCCUCUCCAUCGAGUUGACCAGGAGUCCGUUGUACGGCACCGCCGCCAUUGUCGCGACGCGCGCCGCCGACGAGUCGAAAGCGCUCAAGGCGCUGUAAUCUACCGUUGUGGUCGAAUAUACUUGAUUUCACUAUACAUGGAAAGUUUACUCUGUCG